AUGAAGCUAAUUUGUGAAACCUGCACCAUUAACCGUACCGUGCCGGGAGGUAAACGAGCGUUCCUGAAAACAAUCCUUGCCAUCGGAAAAGGUUCCGAACGCAAGGGGGAUGAAACGAAAAUCAUGCUAAUCACGAGUAGCAACAAAAGUGGCACCAAGUACAACGUACUAAACAACAUAACCAAAAUAUUCACCCGGUUCCUGGAUGAGGGAAAGGUUACAAUUUCGUUCAUUACCCCCGCACACGAUGUACAGAUCAAAAGUGAUAAAGUACAGCUGAUGGCAUUUUUGAAGGUGCUGAAACUGGUGCUCACUGGCGGUGGUAAACUGGCAAACUCGUCCCACUCCAUUAUGGAUCCCUGCCCACCAUCAGUGCCGCUUCGAUUACCUUGCCUUACGGUCGGUAAGAAAAAAUCAUCUAUUUUAGACUCACCGAGUGUCCUGUCCACCAAGUGUAUAAUAACGAAUCGCAAGGAUUACCCAGCAAAAGGAUUUUCCCGACUGCUCGUAACGUUGCAGAUUUCCGACAUUAAGCUUACGCGCUUCGACUCGAAAAUAUUGCUGUUGCAGAAGCUGAGGAACUUAAGUUUAUCGAAAAACUGUAUCCGAACUCUACCGCGCACGCUUGGCCAGCUGCGUCUCAAUGAACUCGAUAUAUCCGGCAAUAAUUUGGCUGACUGCAAAUGGGAGUGGUUGCUUGAGUCGAACAUACAAUCAUCACUGGUCCUGCUGAACAUUUCCGACAACGGGUUGCCCUUUCUGCCAAUUAAUGUGAUACAUGCGAGCCAAUUGGAGGUACUGACAGCGGAUAACAAUCACAUCCGCAAACUACCAUUUGCGCUUUGCAACCUGAGCCGGUUGCGGAUUCUCUCGCUGGCGAGUAACUGCAUCGAUGCUGUACCGGAAAGCUUUUCCAGAUUGCGACUGGACCGGAUAGAUCUAUCAGGAAACGAGCUGCACUCACAAGGGGCGACUGUGCAGGAUUUGCGGAUGAACGCGUCGGACACGCAACACCACCAGCCAUCCAGCCUGUUUGAACUAGCCGCACGCACAGUGAUCUUUAAGAAAAUCCCAUACACGUUUCCGGGGAAGAUUCCAUUCACCGUGCUCGAGCUGUUGCGUCGUGCGCCUCUCUGCAGCUGUGGCCGACCGUGCUUUCAAUCAAAGGUGUACCUCCGUACGAAAGUGCUUAAGCUAAACUGUUCCUGCAUGGUCAUUAACUCCAACCAUCAGCUAUGGGCAGAUUGUGUGUAUUGCAGUGAAAAGUGCUUGCGGAGACUUUACUAA